AUGGUUGCGGAAAUUGAUCUUCUUAAAAAACGUAUAUUGAAACUAGAAAAAUUGUACGGUGUAAUUAAAAAGAAUACAAGUUUUGAUCAAACGAAACGACCUUCAACAUCAAGCUCUCAACCUGAUGUCGCACAAGAUACGAUAGCAAAAGUUAAAGAAAUUUUCCGUGUUGAUCCAACUACAUUAAGAGCUCCUAUUAAUCUUCCAACAAAAGUAAUACGAGAAUUAUAUAAAAAUUCUGGUUUUGAAUUAUUUAAAUGGAAAGAUUAUAUUGAACCAAAUGAAUUAUUGUUAAAAGAGUUUAUACAACAAAAAUGUCUGGUAACAGCUGAAGAUAUGCCUCAUACGUGGUACACAAUUAUUAAUUCAAUGGCACAAAUGCCUUAUGAUGCUGUUAAAUACAAGACAAAAACAACAACUAAUAUGGAAUCAACAACAUCUGUAAUUUCACUAUUCAUGAAUGAUGACAAACAAGAAAAUUAG